GUGGCAACGGCGCUCGCCGCAAGAAUAAAAGGAUAGGAAGGUUCUCCUUUCGUCAACAGUUACACACUUACACUCACUCUGUGGCUUACCUUAGCUAUUCAUCUUCAUCCUCUUCUCUUCCCGUCUUCCGUUCGGUUCCGGUUUCUUCGAUAGACAGUUCCGAUGGCCAAGGACCCCGUUCGCGUUCUGGUCACCGGUGCUGCAGGGCAAAUUGGGUAUGCCCUUGUCCCUAUGAUUGCUAGGGGAGUAAUGCUGGGCCCUGACCAGCCUGUAAUCCUCCACAUGCUUGAUAUUCCCCCUGCAGCCGAGUCACUGAAUGGCGUUAAGAUGGAGUUGGUUGAUGCUGCAUUUCCCCUUCUUAAAGGUGUGGUUGCUACAACUGAUGUGGUUGAGGCAUGCACUGGGGUUAACAUUGCUGUCAUGGUUGGUGGUUUCCCAAGAAAAGAAGGUAUGGAGAGGAAAGAUGUGAUGUCCAAAAAUGUCUCAAUCUAUAAGUCCCAGGCUUCUGCUCUUGAAAAGCAUGCUGCUGCAAACUGCAAGGUUCUUGUUGUUGCUAACCCGGCAAACACCAAUGCUUUGAUCUUGAAGGAAUUUGCUCCAUCCAUUCCUGAGAAAAAUAUUUCUUGUUUGACUAGACUGGAUCAUAACAGGGCCUUGGGUCAAAUUUCUGAAAGACUGAAUGUUCAAGUUUCGGAUGUGAAAAAUGUUAUUAUCUGGGGUAACCACUCAUCAACUCAGUACCCAGAUGUCAACCAUGCAACUGUUAGAACCCCAGCUGGGGAAAAGGCUGUCCGGGAGCUUGUUGCUGAUGAUGCCUGGUUGAAUGGGGAAUUCAUAACUACUGUCCAACAACGUGGUGCUGCAAUCAUUAAAGCUAGAAAGCUCUCAAGUGCACUAUCUGCUGCCAGUGCUGCAUGUGACCACAUUAGAGACUGGGUUCUCGGAACUCCUGAGGGUACCUGGGUGUCAAUGGGAGUUUAUUCUGAUGGAUCUUACAAUGUGCCUGCUGGACUGAUCUAUUCAUUCCCUGUUUACUGUCAAAAUGGAGAAUGGAAAAUUGUUCAAGGACUUUCAAUUGAUGAGUUCUCAAGGAAGAAACUGGAUUUGACAGCAGAAGAGCUCUCUGAGGAGAAGGCUUUGGCAUACUCAUGCCUCUCUUAGACUGCUGCUUGUUUUCUUUGCCUGACAACUGCGGUUUCCCUUGUUUACCUAUAGAAUUAGGCUCAAUUUUUGAAUAAUGCCUUUCCAAGAUCCAGAGGAACUUUUGAUGGAGUCUCCAUUUUUCUGGAAAUUACUUGUGUAUUGAAGUGUCUAUUCCCUAGAUUAUUUGAGCUUAAUGUUUUAUAACUCAUGGCCAUGUUGGAAGCUUAUGUUACCAAUCCGGGUCUUUAUUUUCGUUUUUUGGUGUCAAUGCCAGUGCAAGUCAUUUUUCUAUUUCCAUCAUGUACGCGGUGGAAACAUUGUCUUAGUUGUACCUUUUUGCGCGAGUAAGCCAUUACAAUUUACAAAGGUUCAAAAACUCGGAGUUUGUUGUUUCAUAAAUCCUAAUGAGGGCUUGAAAGUUCAAGUUCUUUAUUCGGUUGGACGCAACGUACAAUUUGGUAGUACGUUACCACAUUAGGUUCAAGAAUCAAGAUGGGUUUUAUUUUAUUUUAUUUUUAUAUUAA